UUUUAUACACGCAGAUAGUUAACGGGGAAAAGCAUUCCUGUUGUGGUAAAGUGAUUCACAUUCACUUUGGAUAAAAGCUUCGUUUAAGUGCAUAAUUACAGGUAAAUCAUCAGUCGGUAAAACUGACUCCAAUUCAGCCGUGCGUAAAAUCUGAUAACCGUUGUUGGAAAAAUGUGGCAGUGCUGCUGUUUGGUGCUUGUGGGCGCGGCGCUUGUGAGCGCUCAGUUCCCCAGAGAGUGUGUGACACCCGAAGGACUCAGGAGUGGACAGUGCUGUCCAUCGCCCUCCGGACUCGGCGACGACCCGUGCGGCUCCAGCGCGGGGCGCGGGCAGUGCGUGUCCAUCUCGGCGGACGCGCGCCCGCACGGUCCUCAGUACCCGCACGACGGACGGGACGAUCGGGAACGAUGGCCGGUCCGUUUCUUCAACCGCACUUGUCAGUGCAACGGGAACUUCAGCGGUUAUAACUGCGGCCGCUGCAGACACGGAUGGACGGGGCCUGUCUGUGACCAGCGAGUUUCUGUUGUAAGACGAAACGUGAUGCAGCUCAGCGCGGACGAGAAGCGAGCGUUCGUGAACGCGCUGGACCAGGCCAAGCGCACGGUGCAGCCCGACCUGGUGAUCGCCACGCGGCGCUAUCCGGAGAUCUUCGGGCCCGACGGGAACACCGUGCAGUUCGAGAACGUCACCAUCUACAAUUACUUCGUGUGGACCCACUACUUCUCGGUCAGCAAGACGUUCCUGGGUGCUGGGCAGGCCAGUUUCGGGGGAGUGGACUUCUCCCACGAGGGGCCUGGUUUUGUCACCUGGCACAGGUUCCACCUUUUACAGCUGGAGCGAGACAUGCAGGACAUGCUGCAAGACCCCUCCUUCGCCCUGCCCUACUGGAACUUUGCCAUCGGUGGAAGCACAUGCGACAUCUGCACAGAUGACCUGAUGGGAGCCCGGAGCAGCUUUGACAUGAAUUCCCUCAGCACCAACUCCCUCUUCUCCCAGUGGAGGGUCAUAUGUGAGAGCGUAGAAGACUACGACACACUGGGAACCAUUUGCAACAGCUCUGAGACGUCUCCCAUCAGAAGGAACCCAGCAGGGAAUGUCAACAGGCCGAUGGUCCAGCGUCUCCCAGAGCCCCAGGAUGUGGCAGACUGUCUGCAGGUUAACGCUUUCGACACACCGCCCUAUUACUCCACCUCCUCCGAAAGCUUCCGAAACACAAUUGAAGGCUACAGCGCCCCCCAGGGGAACUAUGACCCUGUGGUGAGGAGCCUCCACAACCUGGCCCACCUGUUCCUGAAUGGGACAGGAGGACAGACUCACCUCUCCCCCAAUGACCCCAUCUUCGUCCUGCUGCACACCUACACCGACGCUAUAUUUGAUGAAUGGUUGAGAAGACACAGUCCAGAUUCAACUCUGUAUCCCGAAGAAAAUGCCCCGAUCGGUCACAACAGAGGCUCCAACAUGGUGCCUUUCUGGCCCCCCGUGACUAACGCCGAGAUGUUUUUGACUGCCCCCGAAAAUCUUGGUUACUCGUACGAAGCUGAAUGGCCAGCUCAAGCUUUCACUACGACUGAAAUCAUCACCAUGGCCAUAGUCGCUGCCCUCGUGCUCGUCGCGGCCGUCUUCGCUGCCACCACGUGUGCCGUGCGUGCCAGGUCUCGCAAGAUGGAGGGCCACCAGCCUCUGCUUGGAGAUCACUACCAGCGCUACGACGAUGCCAAAAGCCAAUCUGUGGUCUAAGAUCGUUGUUUGAACAUGAGCCUCUCUCUUCUCUUUACUUUUGCAGUGACGCAGCAAUGCAGUUGUUUGAAGCACGGCUGUGUUCUCACUGAAAAUGCUACAAUAUCUUUUGGCCCUAUAGCAAAGCUGGUGUAGUUGCUUUUCUUUUUUUUUGUUAAAAAUACUACAGCUAUGAAGCACUCAUUGAAGAUGCAUUUUUGUAAUUGGAAGGUUUAGAUCUAUGCACUACUUUCUCAGUACUCUUUGCAAUGGUGCGAUCUUUGUGUUCAAAUAAAGAGAACAUGGAUAACUGAAGUGUUAUGGUGAUGCCAGCAGGUGGUGCUAAACUGGUGCUGUCAGGGCUUCUACUGUAAAUGACUUUUCAGGAUCAGCAAUGCUGCCUCCUGUAGUUUAGAUUUUGAUAUUGCACUAAGUAAAAAGGUGACCAGAUGUAAAGAGUGUCGAUUCUGAUUUGCUAUUUGGUGGAGGAAUGGAGUAAUACAAAUGAAUUAAAAC